CCUAACCUUGACCUUUGGCUAGUCGAGCCCGCGCCAUGAAUCUAUCGCUUCCGCCGUACAAGUCGUGUUUAUUGUUGGACUUGCAUGGGGGGUUGCUGCUGCAGAAAAAAGAGCACGAAUCUGCUGUGUGCUCACGUUUUAACGCCAAUCAAGCACAUAUAGCACAUUAAGAAUGAGACUUUUAAAGCCUGAGUGGGUUACAAACGACGACAAACCAAUUUUCUCUGUUGAUAUCCACCCAGAUGGCUCAAGAGUCGCGACUGGAGGACAAGGAGAAGAUUGUGGCAAGGUUGUGAUAUGGAACAUGGGACCAAUCAGAGAUGAAAAAGAGGAAGCAGACCUCUCCACACCAAGGAUCCUCUGCCAGAUGGAUAACCACCUUGGAUGUGUGAACUGUGUCCGUUGGUCAGGAAAUGGUAAAUUUCUGGCAUCAGGUGGAGAUGAUAAGUUGGUCAUGAUCUGGCAAACAAGUCGCGGACUUGGUUCAGGAAAAUCAUUCGGUUGUAGUGUCACCAUUGUUGAACAGUGGCGAGCUUUAGCCACCCUGAGAGGUCAUUCUGGAGAUGUGCUGGACUUAGCAUGGUCACCCCAGGAUGUGUGGCUGGCUUCUUGCAGUGUGGACAAUUCAAUUGUCAUUUGGAAUGCACUAAAGUUUCCAGACCAAGUAGCCAUCCUAAAAGGUCAUUCUGGUCUUGUCAAGGGAGUCACAUGGGACCCAGUUGGAAAAUACCUGGCAUCUCAGUCUGACGACAAAUCCUUGAAAGUAUGGCGGACAUCUGAUUGGAAGGAAGAGUCCAGUAUAACUUCUUGCUUUGAAGAGUGUGGGGGAACGACACAUGUCCUAAGACUGAACUGGUCACCAGAUGGCAACCACAUUGUAUCUGCACAUGCCAUGAAUAAUCGAGGUCCUACAGCACAGAUUGUGGAACGCAACGGAUGGGGAACCAGCCUUGACUUCGUUGGUCAUCGUAAAGCCAUCACCGUUGUUAAAUUCAACCCUAAGAUCUUGUCAAAGCAAAUCAAAAGAACAUCGGAGAAACAACAACAGUACUCUUGCUGUGCUAUUGGCAGUAAGGAUAGGUCACUCUCCAUAUGGCUGACAGCACUCAAACGACCUUUAGUUGUUCUUCAUGAUCUUUUUGAGAAGUCAAUAUUGGAUAUUUCUUGGAGCAGCUCAGGUCUGGAGCUGAUGUGUUGCUCUCUAGAUGGCACUGUGGCUUACCUUGGCUUUGACCAGUCUGAGAUUGGAAUGCCAAUGUUUAAAGAUGAUCAGCAAGCUCUUCUGGAAAAAAUCUAUGGGAAAAGUGUUCUAGCUAGCAAGGCAACAAAUGCUUCUAGCCACAUUAUAGAAUCAGCAGCUGUCCUGAACCUUCAGCAAGAGCAGCAACAGCACAGAGAGCGGGAGAACUCAAUGAGUGGCAGCUCUGUCCCACCUAAAGCUCUUUCAGCUGUUGUGGCAACUGGUGACCAGCCUUUCAAGCCUCGUGAUAAACAGAUUGAAACCAGAACUCCAGAUGGCAAGCGCAGGAUCACUCCAAUUUUUCUUGCACCACAGCCAGACAUUGGGGAUGCUGGGAUCCCUGCCCCUUUUACAAACAAGUCCAUUGCAUUUAAUUCCUCCAAAGAAACAAGUAAAAUAAUUACCGAACGACAAGAUCGGGUCACUCAGCCUGGCCUAAAUGUGUCUUCCAAUUCAUCUCAGUCACAUUCCCUAGCCUCCCCACCUCAUCAUCUGGUAAAUACCAUAAUGCAUCAGCCCACAGCAGUAUCCGAGACAAAGACUUGCAUCACAGAACCAGGGGCAACAACUCCUUUUAUUCCACUUCAUACUCCAAUGGAUGUUGACAAGACACCAGUAAGGCCAGUCACCAGCACACCAGUGUCCAGGCAGGAAUCUCAGAAUGACAAAGAGCGAGUGAAGGAAAAGGAGAAGGAGCGAGACAAGGAUCCUGACCUUGAUAAAACCAAAGAUAAGGACCGGGAAAAGCUGAAAGGAAAUCUCAGUCUCAAGAGGAGACAUGGGAAAGUUGGACGGCCAAGAAAAUCUGAGAGAGAGACUCAGAUGGCAGCCAUGGUGUCACAUCCUUUGCCAGUACUAGCUGAACCUGAAAGAACUCGACCAGUUCUGACCUCACAAGAUUUGCAAUUGAGUGUUCCAACAAUCCAAAAGUCAUCUGUACAUUUGAUUGAGGGACAGAUGGGGUCAGACAACUGCACAACAGUCGAGGUUGAGAACAAACUGUCAAUAGGCACCAGGCAAAUGCACCGGGUUCGGUGUGUGAGUUCUGGCAAGGUACUUUGGGAGCAGCUGCUGACAUCACCAGUGAUUGCUGUGGCUGGCUCAAGACAAGUAACUUGUGUGGCAUGUGAAGACAAGACGCUUACAAUCUUUGGAGUUGGUGGAAGGCGUCUGUGGCCUCCCCUGGUUCUGGGGUCCCAGGUGUCAGUUCUGAAGUGUACAGGGUGUUAUAUCAUGGCUGUCAUCUCUCAAGGGUACCUCUAUGUAUGGAAUAGUCGUUCAGUAUGUGGAGUGAUUCAGGGCCAGACUCUGUCAGCCAUUAUGACAGUGUCAGAACGGGUCAUUCGGGCAGCACUGACAAAUGAAGGGGUUCCUCUUUUGACCAUUUCUUCAGGCAGGUCAUUUAUCUUUGCCCCAGAAAUUGGAAGCUGGAUGCUGGUAAAUGACAGAGAUGAUUACCUUCACGUUUGUUCAGAUCAUCAUCGCUGUAGUCCUUCAAAAGGACGAGCCUCAGGGCCCUUGGCUUCUGUGCAAGGGGGAGGCAGCUCUAACCAGCAGGCAGGUCGAAUAUUCCAGUCGGAUGCCAGUAUGCAGCAGAUGUCAACAGUCAGCCAUCUUGAAAACCAGCUGGCGUCUAGUCUUGCCCUCAAGUCUGCCUCUGAGUACUGCUUUUGGCUGGAAACAUACAUACGUUACCUUGCACAAGAAGGCUUAGAAGGAAAGCUGCGUGCUGUGUGUGAUGACCUUCUAGGACCAGUGUAUGCGCGCACUUCUGGUUCUAAUGGCUGGCAGCCAACCAUACUAGGACAAAACAAACGAGAGUUUCUCCGACAAGUCCUGCCAGUUGUUGGAACAAACCUCCGAUGGCAACGUCUGUACACAGAAUAUCAAGAACAGUUAGAGACAUUGUGUUCAAGCACAUGAUGUUUGUGGAGAAGAUGGACGAGGAUAUUUUUUGUCACACUGUCAAAUGGUGCAUACUGUAGACGUAGGAAGAAAUUAGACACUUCCCAGACCGUGCAGCUGAUGAAACCCCUCUUUUUUUUUUGUAUUUUUGGUAGGGGGAGGGGGAAAGGACUUGUUGUUAAGCUUUAUACACACAUGUAUGUGAGGAAAUAGAAAAACUAGGGAGAAAAUCCAUUUUUGCAGUAUGGCUGUAUAAAUUGUGUUCACUUUGUGACAAGAUGUAAGCACUACAGUGUCUUCAUAUUUGAUGGUUAUGUGUUGAAUUAUCAGUUAAGAUGGCUGAGCUGUCCUUUUGACACACUUGAUAAAAGUGACACGAAUUAUUAGUAAGCAUAUCAAUGUAGCCUGUCUUGCAUGAAAUUACCUUUUAUGAUUCCCAUGCACAAGAGCACCAAGAUAACGUGAUUCCAUCUAGUCAUUAACGUGACAUCCCUGAAGAUUCUCAUACAUUCCCAUUGUGUUCUGCUCUGAGGGUAAAACGCAAAAAUCUUUCUUGGUGUGCAAGUUCUUAGUUGAUGUUUUACAGCCAAUGCACAGCAUGCCCUAGUCUUUGACAUCAAAUCCACUUUUUAAAAAAAAGCAAGAUUGAUCAUGAUUUUUUUGUAGCCUUUAUAUUGUUUGUAUUUGACUAGAAGGUGCAGUUUUUGGCCUAGCUAGUAUACUUAGUGUGUGUGACUCAACAUUGUUUUUAAAUAAAAGCAAAAGAUUGCAAACCACAAAAACUCUUCCGGGCUGUUUGUGCUGGUGGUAUUUUGUCCAGUAUAAGAAGUGACCACUAUUGUUCCCCUUGCACCUGCAUGCUAUCUGUCAGCCUGAGCAUCCACUUUGCUCACAUCAGUGUUUUGAUGUUGGCAAUACACAAAACAUAGGUAAAAUGUGUUGGUUUUUUUAUGUUUUGCUUUUAAUUGGCAAAGAUGAAGGGAUUGUCAAAAGAAACAUUCUGACAUAAAAGUCAGAAAAGCUGUUGGUUGUGCCUGAGAUGUUCACUGUGAUGUUGAGCUGUGUCAAGUUUUCAGGAAGUAAGUUUCCAGUUGUUUUGAGUAUUGAUCACACAUUGUGAUUAAUUGGUGUCUUUAGCACUUAAGAAAAUUUACAGUAGCUACACUAGUCUCAUGCUGUCCAAGCUUCUUCACUAAGAAAUUUAGAGUUCAAAUUAAAAAAAGCGUUUCAGAAGUUCACUACAUUUCUCUAAUCAUUGGCAGUAUAAGAUGCCAUGUAUUUUCUCAGAAAUGUGAUCUCUAAAGGGAUUCUUCAAAAUCUAUUUGUGCAUGGAUCAUCAUUUUUCAUUAUCUGCUUAUGUAUUGGGCAUCAUUCUCCAUGUAGUGUGUGUGUGUAUGAGUGAGACAGUUGUCUGCAUUUCAUCAAAAAGAUUUUUUUCAGAAUCAGCAGUUUCAAAUAAAACUGGUCUUUUCACAAACUGGUGCUGUAUGUACUUGGAAAAGACUGUAGUCAUUGACCUGCGUAAGAAAUAAGACUGUAUGCGUUAGCAUAGAGUUAAUAGAUUUGAAGUAGGUUUAUUUCUCACCUCAUCCCUUUUGUGUGGACAGUAAGGAAGAUGAGUGAUAAUUACGAAUUCUAAGCAGCAGCAUGUAAAUGAAUGAAGGUUUUUCAACAGUAUUCUUUUCCUAACAGCACAGAAUGUCAAAAACACAGGUCCCACAUGUUUUCAGCAUUUUGUGCUGCUAGGGUUAUCCCUACUUUUCUUCACUGACAAUAAAGGUUACAAUGAAAAUUUCA